CGAAAAUCAUUCCUCAUUUUGUGCAAUUACAAAUGAUAAACGAAACAGUAGUAGUAUUAUUUUUAUUUAUUGAAAAAAAUAUGUAAUUCAAGAUACUGCUCAGAAUAUAAAGACAAGAAUCCUCUUUCUUCCAUCUCUAUCUCUCCGCAAACAGUUGCUCAAAACCUUCUUCUUGAGAUGGCUACUUCUCUCAUCUUCCUCCUCCUCGUUACCCUAACCUUUUCAGCAUCAACCCUAAUCUCAGCCAAAUCCAACACAACAAUAAUCGAAUCAACUUGCAAAACCACAAACUACUACAAAUUCUGCGUCUCAGCUCUAAAAUCCGACCCAAGAAGUCCCACAGCCGACACAAAAGGUCUAGCCGCCAUUAUGGUCGGCGUUGGUAUGACAAACGCCACCUCCACCGCAACUUACCUCGCCGGGAACCUAUCAACCACCGUAAAUGACACCGUCCUUAAAAAGGUCUUACAAGAUUGCUCCGAGAAGUAUACUCUCGCCGCUGAUUCUCUCCGGCUAACAAUUCAAGAUCUUGAUAACGAAGCUUAUGACUACGCUUCCAUGCAUGUGUUGGCGGCGCAGGAUUAUCCUAAUGUUUGCCGGAAUAUAUUUAGGCGAGUUAAAGGGUUGGCUUAUCCGGUGGAGAUUCGCCGGCGUGAAGCGAGUCUGAGACGUAUAUGCGGUGUUGUCUCCGAUAUUCUUGAUCGCCUUGUUGAAUGAUUUACAUUUGCAUUAACUUUGGUAAAAGCUCUAUUUAAGUUAAAUCGUAUUUCAGGAAUUUAAUAUGGAAUUUGUAACUUUUGAUACCGUUACUUUAUUACUUUCAAAUUGCCAAGCAGAACAAUCUUAGAGAUCUCA